AUGGCCAGAAUCUCCUCCUUGGUGCUUCUUCUCGCUGCACUUGGUCUCUCUAGGGCCGACACUGCCGCUGGUGGUGUCCUUACAGUCACAUCCAGUGUUAUUGCCUUGGUGACGAUCUCGGAGUACAUCUUCACCACCAAUGGUCAAUUAACUACCGUUGCAAUUACUGGUGGAACACAAUUCAUUCCAGCCACAGCAACAAGUCAAACAUCCAGUGUGAUCACAUCCACUUUUUUGGGAACGGUUCCUAGUAGCGCCCUUGCCUCCAGUACAGCUGCUGCCGUCACCACCUCGACUUCUUCUUCAGAUGUACCAUCUGUGACUUCUACUCCCUUCUCUUCUACGGCGUCAUCUACUCUGACUGUUCCCACUGUAGUCUCUUCCGCCUCCUCUAGUCCUGUCUCUUCUAGUCCUGUCUCCUCUAGUCCUGUCUCCUCUGGUGCUGUCUCCUCUGGUGCUGUCUCCUCUGGUGCUGUCUCCUCUAGUCCUGUCUCCUCUGGUGCUGUCUCCUCUGGCUCUGUCUCCUCUACCUCUGAUUCCGGUUCUAGUUCGAGUACUUCUUCUGGAACUGCUUCAAUUGGGUCCACUAGCUCGUCGCCCGUAAUUUCCACAAGCUCUUCUAAUACUGCUUCUGCAUCUGCCGUGGCUUCUGUAUCAACUCUGGCUUCUGGCUCUGCUUCGGCUUUAUCUUCAGAUUCGGCUUCGGCUUCAGCUUCUUCCACUUCCUCCGGUUCGGCUUUAUCUCCUAACUCGGCUUCGGCUUCGGCUUCUUCCUCCACUUUGGCUCCAGUUACUGCCACCACAACCUCUAGCUCCGUUGCAACAACUGGAUCUGUUGGAAUUAAUGCUUCAGGUUCCAACCCAACUGCUGCACCUACUUCGCCCACACCAACUCCAUUCUCCGUGCCUCCUGGAAGUUACUUGACUUCCAUGUCCACCACAACCAGUGUUGUGGACGGUUCCUCGGUAGUGAUCGAGUACAAAGUCUUGUAUACUUUCACUUGUUGA